AUGGCCAAGCGAGUUGCCAUUGUGGGAGCCGGGGUCAGUGGCCUGGCCUCCAUCAAGUGCUGCCUGGAGGAAGGCCUGGAGCCCACAUGCUUUGAGAGGAGUGACGACCUCGGGGGGCUGUGGAGGUUCACCGAACAUGUUGAAGAAGGAAGAGCCAGCCUCUACAGGUCUGUGGUUUCCAACAGCUGCAAGGAGAUGUCUUGUUACUCAGACUUUCCUUUCCCAGAAGAUUAUCCAAACUAUGUGCCAAAUUCUCAAUUCCUGGAAUAUCUCAAAAUGUAUGCAAGCCGGUUCAACCUUCUGAAACACAUUCAGUUCAAGACUAAAGUCUGCAGUGUAACAAAAUGCCCAGAUUUUACUGUCACUGGCCAAUGGGAGGUGGUCACUCAGCAUGAAGGAAAGCAAGAGUCUGCCAUCUUUGAUGCCGUCAUGGUCUGCACUGGUUUUCUUACUGACCCAUAUUUGCCACUGGACUCUUUCCCAGGUAUAAAUACCUUUAAAGGCCAGUACUUUCAUAGCCGACAGUAUAAAUACCCAAAUAUAUUUAAGGACAAGAGAGUCCUUGUGGUUGGAAUGGGGAAUUCGGGCACAGACAUUGCUGUGGAGGCCAGCCACCUGGCAGAAAAGGUGUUCCUCAGCACCACCGGCGGGGCGUGGGUGAUCAGUCGAGUCUUCGACUCAGGGUACCCAUGGGACAUGGUGUUCACGACUCGGUUUCAGAACAUGUUCAGAAAUUCUCUCCCAACUCCAAUUGUGAACUGGCUGCUGGCAAGAAAGAUGAACAGCUGGUUCCAUCAUGCAAAUUACGGCUUGGUACCGGAAGACAGGACACAGCUGAGAGAGCCUGUACUAAAUGAUGAACUCCCAGGCCGUAUCAUCACUGGGAAAGUGCUCAUCAAGCCAAGCAUAAAAGAGGUGAAGGAAAACUCUGUCAUAUUUAACAACACCCCAAAGGAAGAGCCCAUUGAUAUCAUUGUCUUUGCCACUGGAUACACCUUUGCUUUCCCCUUCCUUGAUGAGUCCGUAGUGAAAGUCGAAAAUGGCCAGGCAUCACUGUACAAGUACAUCUUCCCUGCACAUCUGCCAAAGCCAACUCUGGCUGUUAUUGGCCUCAUCAAACCUUUGGGCUCCAUCAUACCCACUGGAGAGACCCAAGCACGAUGGGUUGUUCGAGUCCUAAAAGGUAUAAAUAAGUUACCACCGCAAAGUGUUAUGAUUGAGGAAGUUAAUGCAAGAAAAGAAAACAAACCCAGUGGGUUUGGCUUGUGUUACUGCAAAGCUUUACAAGCAGAUUAUAUCACAUACAUAGAUGAACUCCUGACCUACAUCAAUGCAAAACCCAACCUAUUUUCUAUGCUCCUGAUGGACCCACGCCUGGGCUUGACCAUCUUCUUCGGCCCAUUCACACCGUACCAGUUCCGCUUGACCGGCCCGGGGAAAUGGGAAGGAGCCAGAAAUGCCAUCUUGACCCAGUGGGAUCGAACAUUCAAAGUCACCAAAACUCGAAGUGUACAAGAAUCCCCAUCUCCCUUCGCAAGCUUACUUAAACUCUUAAGCCUUCUGGCUUUGCUUAUGGCCAUUUUCCUAAUUUUCCUGUAA